AUGGCUUCCUCCUCGCUACUCGUUCUUUCUGUCGCGCUGGCGGCUGUCCUCCUCACUGUCGUGUGUGCGACCCAUGCGACAGCGGCGGCGACCUCUGACCAAUGCGCGGCGGUGCGAUGCAUGACGAACCGCAAGUGCAGGGUGGUGGACGGGUCCCCGCGGUGCGUGUGCGAGCCGCCGUACUACCUCGACGGGGACGAGUGCAGAGAUCUGUGUCUGACGACCAAGUGCCCUGGCGGAACCACGUGCAAGGUGGUGGGGGACAAGGUCAAGUGCGUCUGCCCGCCUCCCCUUGUGCUCCGCAACGGCGUGUGUUUCGACCUGUGCGCGGCCACCACGUGUCCCGUCAAUUUCGCAUGCAAGGUGGCCAAUGGUACGGCCAAGUGCGUGUGUCGGCCGCCGUUCUACCUCGACGGAAACGAGUGCAGGGACCGUUGUCUGACGACCAAGUGCCCUGGCGGCACCACGUGCAAGGCGGUGCGCGGAAAGAUCCAGUGCGUUUGCCCGCCUCCGCAAGUGCUCAACGGGACGCAAUGUGUUGCUCCAACCUCCUGCAACAAAGUUCGCUGUCCCUCAGCUUCUCGCUGCAACGUGGUUUCUGGUGCCGCUACGUGUGUCUGUCCUCGCGGUUUUACUCUAAUCGAUGGCGAAUGCAAGAAUGCUUGUGCGACCGUGCUGUGUGGUGGGAAGAAGACGUGCAAGGUCGUUGGUGGACAGGCUAAGUGUUUGUGA